UUAUACACUCCUCUCCAUCAUAUCUUAGAUUAUUGAAUCCAACACAGGGACAAGAGAGGAAGGGUAAUCCUGGGUUCUCUCCAUUCAUUUACACAAUCGCAAACUUACACACAAACUGACUUCAGCUUUCAUGACAAGAUAACAUUUAAAGUUCAGCCUGACCUCUCCAUCAACUGACAUUGUGGCAAGAUGGAUGCUGAAAAGGAGUUGAUAAGCUCAAAGAGCAUACAAGGCACAUCUCAACUAAAUCAUGUUGCCACCUUUCGUAUCGGAGGAAUGACGUGUGGAGCAUGUGUAGAAACGAUUGAGAGAAUGUUACGACAACAAGAAGGUAUUGAAUCGGUAACGGUUGCCUUGUUAGCAGAAAAAGCAGUCGUAGAAUAUGAUGGACAGAAGUGGACGCCUGAAAAGAUUGCAAAAGAGAUUGAAGAUAUAGGAUUCGAAGCCGAACAAUUAGCGGAAGAAUUGCAAGAUGUUCAAACAUUAAAGGUGUACGGGAUGACAUGUGCUUCCUGUACAUCCACAGUCGAACGAGAAGUAUCGGCUAUGGAUGGUGUUUUAUCAUGCGUUGUUUCUUUGGCAACCGAAGAGGCACGUGUAGAAUUCGAAAAGGAUAAAGUGGGAAUACGAGAUAUCGUUGAACGGAUAGAAGAUCUUGGAUUUGAUGCAAUGCUAAGUGAUGAUCGGGACAAGACGCAAUUACAAAGCCUUGGACGGAUAAGAGAAGUUUCAGAAUGGAGAAGGGCUUUCUUCAUCUCUCUUUCAUUCGCUCUUCCCAACUUCUUCUUGAACAUGAUUGCUCCCAAAUGGUCUUUCCUGCGUCCAAUUUUGAUGUGGCAACCGAUCUCGAAUUUGUAUUUGGCAGAUGUGCUGUCACUUUGCUUGGCUGCACCUGUUCAAUUUGGUAUUGGAAAGCGCUUUUAUGUCUCUUCGAUCAAAGCACUUCGACAUUAUUCAGCAACGAUGGACGUCUUGGUCGUUUUUGGUACGACAGCUUCUUUCUUUUUCAGUACAUUCUCAAUGAUUGUCGCUCUCUUUUGCACAACGCAAUGUGAAAGACCUGCAACAUUCUUUGAAACUUCCACGAUGCUGAUCACAUUUGUCACUCUGGGAAGAUAUCUUGAAAAUUCAGCAAAGGGCAAAACAAGUGAAGCAUUGAGCAAAUUGAUCAGCUUAACACCGAGUAUGGCAGUCAUCUACAGUGACGGAGAGAAGAUGACGCAAGAGCGUAAAGUGGCCACCGAGUUAAUACAAAGAGGCGAUUAUGUAAAAGUGAUACCAGGAGAACGAAUCGCAGCAGAUGGACUGGUCGUGCGGGGAGAAAGCUCAGUGGAUGAGAGCAUGGUGACGGGAGAAGCAAUCCCGGUCACAAAGGUGAUUGGAAGCGCAGUGAUCGGAGGAACGGUCAAUUCGUUGGGCACCUUUGAUUUCGUUGUUACUCGGGCUGGAAAGGAGACUUCGCUAAGUCAAAUUGUUCGCUUGGUCAGUGAUGCUCAAACAUCUAAAGCGCCAAUUCAAGCAUUUGCCGAUCGUGUGGCCGGUGUGUUUGUGCCUUGUGUUGUGGGAUUAGGUGUGAUGACAUUUAUCUUUUGGAUGUGUAUCUCCCAUACAUUCCAAUUGCCUUCUUUGCCGGACAUCUUUCAACAUCAGGGAUCUUCACGUACCAUGGUUUGUCUCAAAAUUUGCAUCAGUGUGGUUGUGGUCGCAUGUCCUUGUGCUUUAGGACUUAGUACGCCAACUGCAGUAAUGGUUGGAACAGGUGUAGGUGCACAAAAUGGGAUCUUGAUCAAAGGAGGUGGUCCAUUGGAAGCCAGCAAGAGUAUUUCGCACAUCUUGUUUGACAAAACAGGAACACUUACGCAAGGAAAAUUGAGCGUUGCUGGCGUUCGAUGGUUUGACGGCAAUUCAGAGCAGCCAAAAGAAACGAGCGACAAAGUUGACAGAAUCGCAUUGGAUGUUCAAUCGGUUUCUGGUCUGAAGCGAGCAGAAGCUCUUGAAAUCUUGGCAGCAGCAGAACGAAAAAGUGAACAUCCAAUCGCUCGAGGAAUUGCCAAUUUCAUUGAUUCGACCAUCGGUACGACAUUGAAAACGGAAGUGAGCAGCUUCAUCAGCGUGCCCGGUCAUGGUAUCCAGUGUACUGUCACCGUUCAAGGCAUUCCGCAUGCGAUUUUUAUUGGUAAUCAAAGUUAUAUCGAUAGUCAAAAGAAGGUCUUGGAUUCUACUUCGCUUGCAUAUGCUGAAAAACAAUCGUCGCAGGGCAAAACACUUGUAUUCGCCAUGAUUGAUGGAUCGUUGGCAUGCAUCAUCUCCCUUUCAGAUCAACUUAAACCGGAGGCCAGACAAUGUAUCGAUGGCUUACGAAGGAUGGGCAUCCAUUGCGGCAUCAUGACAGGAGACAGCCAAGCAACUGCACGAGCGAUUGCCAAGCAGUUGGAUAUCGAUGAAGAAGAUGUCUAUGCAGAAAUGAGUCCUACAGGUAAACGAGGGGUUAUCCUGCGCUUACGAGAAGAGUUGGCCCAGAGCAACUCCAGCAAAUCAAAUGGAGUAGCCAUGGUUGGAGAUGGUAUUAACGAUUCACCUGCACUUGCUGCUGCCACGUUGGGAAUUGCGGUUGGAAAUGGAGCUGAAAUUGCAGUUGAAGCAGCAUCGAUUGUUUUAAUGCGAUCAAAUUUGCUAGACGUUGCUGCUUCUCUGCAUUUAUCAAGAAGGAUCUUCCGACAAAUCAAAUUGAACUUCGUCUGGGCAACAGGAUAUAAUAUUAUCUUUAUUCCUUUAGCAAUGGGUUUCGGUCUUCCAUGGGGCAUUCAUCUUCAUCCGAUGAUGGCAGGAGCGGCAAUGGCUUUCAGUAGCACGUGGAAAAGACCUUCUUGGCUGCAAGAUUGCCAACCAAUCAAAAGAUCGGAACAAUGCGGAUUUGUGUUGCAGUUUUCAAAUAUGAGGAUCGAGCCCUAA